AAAAAAAAAAAAAAAAAAAAAAAAAAGCCCGGCAACUCUAUCUUCUCACUUCCUGUUUCCUCCACUUCCUUCACCUCUCACUGCACACACAUACAAAAAGAACAGCCAACGACAGCUUUUACAAAAGGAAAUAUAAAUAAUACAUUAUGCCCAUGGCGAAAUCUAGAACCCAAAUUCUGAUCAUAGGAGGCGGACUGGGAGGACUCGUCCUCGGGAUUUUGCUCCAGCGCGCAGGGAUCGAUUAUCUGAUCCUCGAACAGAGUGUGCUCAUCCGACCUAUCGGCAGCAUCAUCGUCCUCAGUUCCAUGGUCCUCCCCCUGAUGGAACAGCUGGGCAUCCUAGAGGAGAUCGAGCGGCUGGCGAUACCUCUGGCAGACAUCACGGUCCAUCGCAGCGACCUCUCUGUCGUCGGCAGGCUCCACUGCAGCGACAGGGUCAUCGACUAUAAACAACGGUUCGGAUAUUACGACCAAUGUAUCUCACGACCAGACCUAUACAACAUCCUGCUAUCCCGGAUUCCAAAAGACCGUCUGAAACUUGGGAAACGGUUUGUGAACUUGCAACACGUCCACAACAGCGAGACGGGGGCGGAUCAGGUCAAGGUCAGGUGUUCGGACGGGACGUAUUACCAUGCGGACAUCCUCGUGGGGGCGGAUGGGUCGUCCAGUGCGGUGCGGCAGAGUCUGUUCCGGCAACUGAAGGAGGAGGGGACGUUACCGAAGGUCGAUCAGGAGGAGCAACAGUAUCGGCAGGUCUCGUUGCUGGGGGUGACAAACCCGUUGAGUCCGAAGAAGCAUCCGGACCUGGGCAAGAGCUCCUCGCACUUUAAGGUGGUCCUGGGCAAGAACUCUCCGUACAUGUGCUGGUUCAUGCCCAUUCCUGGACAGAGGUACAGCUGGCUCGUUACAAAGACAUUGGAGGUACCGGUGACGAUCACUAGCAACAACUCGGAGUGUGUAGACUGGGGGCCUGAUGCGACAGACGAAAUGAGCAAGGCCGUACGCCAUCUGCAAGGGCCCGAUGGGGGCACGGUAGGGGACCUGAUCGACAACAGCGAGCGGCAGCUGAUCUCGAAGGUCAUGCUGGAGGAGCGGAUAUUCAGGACCUGGUACGGAGGCAGGACGGUGCUCAUCGGAGACGCAUGUCAUAAGUUUGUACCAUUCACCGGCAAGGGGGCAAGCGAAUGCAUGCUUGAUGCCGUCGUCUUAGCCUCGCUCCUCUAUGACGUGCCGUCCUUCACCAACCUUGACAACAUCCACGAGGUCUUUCGGACCUACUACCAAUUGAGGGCAGCCGGCGCCAAACAGGCCGUCGAUAUCUCCAGCCAGUUCGGGUCUUUGCUCAUCCGGGACGGCUGGUCUGGGGAGCUGAUGCGGAGGAUGGUCUUUGGGCUUGCCACGACAGCCUGGGGUCGGGCUGCGUUGGACAAGUCGCAUUACAAUCGGAUCCAGGCUAGCUUUCUACCGCCGGUGGCCGACAGAGGGAGUGCGCCUGCUCGGCCACAUGUGGCGGCGAAGAAGGGGGUGGUGGAGGAAGAUCAGGCGAGGGCAGAGUAUGUGUCGGACCAUGCUCGGGUGGACGAGUUCUUUACAGGGCAUAAUGAUCUAUCUUUGCAUUGAAAGAAGAGUCUUUAUGAUGUCCUUUGUUUUACUUCGAGUGGACGAAUAAAAGCAAUGUCCCCUGUUCUCGC